AUAAAUAUAUGAUUUUAUCAAACCAUUAGACAAAACAAAAGAUGAUUUUAACUUCUAGAAACCGUUGUUGAUUCGUGAACCAAACAAUGACUUGCUGUGGGAACAAAAAAAUAGAAAAUUCUAAAAAAUUGACAAUCUGUCAAGUCAAACAGAUAGAUUCGUAGGAUGUGUCAUAAUCUUGGGAGAUUACAGAUAAAACAUUCCUUAAAAGUAAAACUAAACCCAACUUUAAGUUGUUAUCUUUAUCCCUAAAUCUCCGUUAAUCUUUUUCAAGACUAAAUUAAAACCCACUUUUGAUGUGAUUAUCCCACUAAUCCUUUAAAAAAUAAAACUUUUUUUUUGUUAAAGCAAUUUAAUCUCUCUCUCUCUCUCUCUCUAGAUUUGUGGAGGAGUUUUUGUUCUUUUGCCAUCACUUUCUCUCUCUUUACCGUUAGAGAGAGAGAAACAAGGACUGAUUUGGUUCGAUUGAGAUUGAUGGGUUUAUUAAUCGAGGAUGAUAACGACGACGGCGAGGUUUCGAUUCCGCCGGCGAAUUUCUCGAUGGUGGAAGACGGAGUUUACCGAUCUGGGUUUCCUCAGCUCGAGAAUUUCGGUUUCUUAUCGACACUCAAUCUUAAAUCCAUCAUUUAUCUGUGUCCUGAACCAUACCCUGAGGAGAAUCUAAAGUCUCUUCAAUCCAACAACAUCAAGCUUUUUCAGUUCGGUAUCCAAGGCAAAACGGAUCCUCCAACUCCUAUGCCAAAGGAUACAGUCUUGAGUGCUCUUAGAGUACUUGUUGAUGUUAGAAACCAUCCAAUUCUCAUCCACUGUAAGCAAGGAAAGCAUAGGACAGGUUGUCUUGUGGGAUGCUUGAGGAAAGUGCAGAACUGGUGCUUAUCAUCUGUUCUCGAGGAAUACCAGAAGUGUGCGGGUUUGAAAUGGAGACAAAGAGAUUUAAGGUUCAUAGAGGAGUUCGAUGUGCACGGGUUAAGGCAAUGUCUGUACAGCAUAAUCUACCAGUACAAUGGUUAUGGUCUGAAGAGGAGAAAGUUGCUGUAUCAGGAAGAGAAUGUUGUUGUCCAAGAACAGCACAAACCUCAAGCCACCAAAGGGUGGUGAACAGAAGUUUUGAAAUCGGAGGAUUAUAUCGUUAUCUCUUUUUAGAUUCUCUAUACUACGUCUACAACAGAGGGAUUUGAUCUUUUUCUUUUACAGCCUAGAGAAAUUUACAGAUUGGAUUCCUUAAGAAACUAACAACACAUGUCGAUUUUGUUUUGUUUAAAUUAUUAUUAGUCAAGUCAGUUACAGAAAAAACUCAAAGAUAGUGGUUGACAAUUGUUCAUUUCAUUAAGAUCUGUCAUAUUACAAA